AUGGCCAGCCUGGAGAGGCUUACCGAAUUAUAUGGCAAUAUCAGCAGACUUGACCCUCAGCUGCUUGAGGGCCUUCGACAGAUUCACGCGGAGGACCCUGCCUACCGCGAGCCCGAGGUGCCAGAGCUGACAACAACUGAUCCAGCUGAGGGCAUCUGCAUCGUGUGUCGCUGCGCCUGGUUUCUCCCGGUGCAGUUUGGGCCUUGCGGCCAUGUGUUUUGCGCCGAGUGCCUCUGGACUGUGCUCUGCCGUUCUUCUGCUCUCCCCGCGUGUAUGCUGUGCCAGUCCACCAAGACCAACUUCAGAUACCGAUCCGAUAUGCACAAGAUCUCGACUGACCGAUCCGACUUUGAUCGCGGGAGAUUCUCCAUAAUCCUACUCUAUAUGAAACUACAAUUUCUGGAUGACGCAUACGCUUCCUGGAAUAUCGGAUCCAAUGACUACAAGGCUUUCGAGGCGGAUGUUAAUACGGAUGUGGAGGCCACUGAGGGAAUUGAUCCAGAAACGCUGUCUGCACUAGAGAAGCAGGAAGGCCACUGUGCCGCCGGACCUGACGAGGAUGGCGAUGAAUGGGUGGACGAGGAUAGCGACGAGGAGGAUUCCAAUCACCUGCUAAUUCUGCUCCACCGAGUCCCGGUUCGGGCCUUAAAGGGGAUGCUUCGCCGAAUCCGGUUUGCUCGAGUCGUCGUCCAGCAACGCUUGGAGGAAUUGGCUCCCAACUACAGAGCAUGGUGA